GGAGGAGGAGUAGACGCGGGUGAAGAUGGCGGCAGCCGAAGCCGCGAACUGCAUCAUGGAGAAUUUUGUAGCCACCUUGGCUAAUGGGAUGAGCCUCCAGCCGCCUCUUGAAGAAGUAAAGCCCCCCACCCCACCUUUGUCCUUCCCUGUGUCUGCCCCGCUUCCGCCUUCCUCUCCCCUCCCUUCCCCAGCUGUGGGCUGAGCUAGAGACGGGGGCAGAGACUGGAGAGAUGGUCUCUUGUGGCCAGGCAGAAAGCAGCGAGAAGCCCAACGCUGAGGACAUGACGUCCAAAGAUUACUACUUUGACUCCUAUGCUCACUUCGGCAUCCACGAGGAAAUGCUGAAAGAUGAGGUCCGCACCCUCACAUACCGCAACUCCAUGUUUCACAACCGGCACCUUUUCAAAGACAAGGUGGUGCUGGACGUGGGCUCAGGCACAGGGAUCCUCUGCAUGUUUGCCGCCAAGGCUGGGGCCCGCAAGGUCAUCGGGAUCGAGUGUUCCAGUAUCUCUGAUUAUGCGGUGAAGAUCGUCAAAGCCAACAAGUUAGACCAUGUGGUGACCAUCAUCAAGGGGAAGGUGGAGGAGGUGGAGCUCCCGGUGGAGAAGGUGGACAUCAUCAUCAGUGAGUGGAUGGGCUACUGCCUCUUCUAUGAGUCGAUGCUCAACACCGUGCUCUACGCCCGGGACAAGUGGCUGGCACCCGACGGCCUCAUCUUCCCAGACCGAGCCACGCUGUACGUGACGGCCAUCGAGGACCGGCAGUACAAAGACUACAAGAUCCACUGGUGGGAGAAUGUGUACGGCUUCGACAUGUCUUGCAUCAAAGAUGUGGCCAUCAAGGAGCCCCUGGUGGAUGUGGUGGACCCCAAGCAGCUGGUCACCAAUGCCUGCCUCAUCAAGGAGGUGGACAUCUACACCGUCAAGGUGGAAGACCUGACCUUCACCUCCCCCUUCUGCCUGCAAGUGAAGCGGAACGACUACGUGCACGCCCUGGUGGCCUACUUCAACAUCGAGUUCACCCGCUGCCACAAGAGGACCGGCUUCUCCACCAGCCCUGAGUCCCCCUACACUCACUGGAAGCAGACAGUGUUCUAUAUGGAGGACUACCUGACGGUGAAGACGGGCGAGGAGAUCUUUGGCACCAUUGGCAUGCGGCCCAACGCCAAGAACAACCGUGACCUGGACUUCACCAUCGACCUGGACUUCAAGGGCCAGCUGUGUGAGCUCUCCUGCUCCACUGACUACCGGAUGCGCUGAGGCGGCGCCCGGCUUCUCCCACCCCAGCCAGGCUGGCCCUGCAAGGGCCCAGGGGCUGCGGCGUUCUUAGGCGGUUUCGGGGCUCCCCCUUCCUCUCCCUCCCUCCCACAGAAGGGGGUUUUAGGGGCUGGGGGUGGGGGGGGACAUCGUGACUGUUUUUCAUAACUUAUGUUUUUAUAUGGUUGCAUUUACGCCAAUAAAUCCUCAGCUGGGAUGGCA